UUGAACGCUGUCGAUCCCAGCCAAGAGCUCAUCAAGAAAGGAAGUGUAACAUCAAUUGCUGCUGGUUUCGAUGAUAUCAAAAACCUUAAAAUUCUCUCUUCACCCAACUCUGCUAUAGCAUGGAAGGAUACAUCCGAUAUCAACAGUGUCGUACAAGCUAUCAUGAACACAAUACCUCAUGCCAACAAGCCUCCAACUCCUGGCUCCACACUACCCUCCAGUUCAACGACAGCUCAACCAAAAACUACCACAGCACUGCCUAAAACCACUGUAGUGGCCAAAACAACCACUGUACAGCCUAAAACUACU